GGUGUUCAUUCCUAAAGCCGAGUAGAAAUAAGUAGUCAAAAGCGUCUGUAUAUAAACAAUCAGCUCUCUAUAUCCGUCAAUUUUUAAUUUAAUAAUUAAAAUGUCCUCACUUGUUCGUAAAAUUCUGUUAAUGAAAUUGCCUGCUUCACUCACCUUCCAAAGGUUAAGAUUUGCUUUAUGUUUUGGUUUUGUGAAACGAUCUUUAUGGUUGGGAUGCGUUAACAACUCGAAUAAUGAUGGUUGGUUUAGUAAAUUGUUGAUGGUAAGAAAAAUUGAUCCUGGCCAUGACUCUCAUUCAAGACUUUUAUCUGCCUCUGAAGUCAUCUAUGAAAUGCAAACUCAUGAUGUCAAACCAGAUAGUAUAGAGCCAUAUUUAGAUAAUUAUGAAAAAUAUGCCAAAAUUGCAGCUAAUAAAUCUGAUGGAGCAGAAUUAGUUGGAAGCUGGAGUGUAGAAAUAGGUUCUCAAGAUCAAUUCAUUCACGUGUGGCGCUAUAAACACGGUUAUAACCAUGCCCAUGAAUUUUUGGAGUUACGUCACACGGAUAAUGAUUUAAAGAGUCUGAUAAAGGAUCGUAUACCCUUUAUAAGGCACAGAGAGAAUCAAUUCAUGUUAUCUUUUAGUUUCUGGGGACACCCUCAGCCUAAAGAAGGUUCUAAUAUGUAUGAAAUGAGAUCUUAUGUUCUUAAGCCUGGCACCAUGAUAGAAUGGGGAAAUAAUUGGGCUAGAGGAGUAACUUAUAGAAAAGAGAGUGCAGUUGCUGGCUUUUUCUCACAGAUAGGACAAUUGUAUAUGGUUCAUCAUAUAUGGAGUUAUAAGAAUCUACAAAUGCGAAAGGAUGUAAGAGAUGCUGCAUGGAGAAAACCUGGCUGGGAUGAAUGUGUUGCUCAUACUGUUCCUUUGAUUCGAAAGAUGGAAAGUCGAUGGAUGAAACCGACGAAAUUCUCCCCCAUCCAGUAAUAUUAUUUUUAUUAAUAUUGUUUACACAUUUCUUCUGUUCCUGAAAAUCUUGUAAGAAAAAUCCCUGAAGAGUAAGAUAUUUCAAACAGGACAUCAAAAGGAAGCACUCAAGUAGUUUUUACAAUCUGAUGUCAAACUAUUCAGGCUCAAUAUAGUUUAGUUGAAGUUACCUGAGUGGAAGGCUUUAUAUACCCCAUCAGUGAUUGCUUUCCCUUUUUAUCUCUUUCUUUAUCUUUUUGAAGGUGUAGUAAAUUAAGUUAUUAUAUUUCAGUUAUUUGUUUGAAUUCACUUUCCCAGAAAAGAAAUUGGACAGCUCUUUAUUUACUGCAAAUUCCACCAGCUUGUUUAAUUAAAAAUAUUUUAAGACAUCUCAAAAUAAAAGAUAAAAAUAUUUAUCAAUGUAUCAGAUAAUUCCCAUAAAUGAACUAGAAGAAGUAAUUCAUUUAUGUCAGAUGAUUCACAUAAAUGAACUAGAAGAGGUAAUUCAUUUAAAUGUCAGAAUUAUUUUGUUGAAGUUGCAAGUGUUAUUACUGUUUUGAAAGAGUUUAUAUUAGCAUAAUUGCCUUUUCAGAUCUGAUUUAUAUAUAAUUUUUAUUAGAAAAGUUUAUUUAUUUAUUUUUUUGCGUAAACAAAUUAAACUUUUUUUCUUCUUUGUUCUGUUAAGUUUUGUAGAAACUUGUAUGUUUUGUGUAAUAUUUUACAAAAAUUAUUGAAAUAUAUAUAUGCUCAUUUUGUGUGCUCAACACCUUAUAUUUCUGGCAAUUUUUACAAUUUAAGCAAUCAAAUUAUAUUGUUUAAUUUUAGUAUUUUAAUCACAAUCUUAUUUCAUUGGUUAUUAAGAAAGCUAAUUUAUUAUUUAUCUUUAAUAAAUUAGUUUUUUUUUGUUUAGUUAAACUUUGUAUAAUCCUUUAUAUUUCUUAUAAUAUUUUAAAAGGCUUAUUGAGUAACACAUAUGCUCAUUUUGUGUGCUCAACAACUUUUAUUUUUGGCAAUUUUUGGACUUUCAAAAAUUAAAUUAUUAUGUUUAAUCUUAUUAUUUUAAUUUCGGAAUAUUUGCCUUGUUUGAUUAGGUAUUAAAUUUAUCUAAUUUUAUUAAUGCAAUAGUUUCGUGAAAUCUCAAUAUUUGUGUUCAUUGCUCACCAGACAUUUUCUUCUCAAUAUUUUACUUUUUUUUUAGUUUAAUUUAUAUGAUUUAUAUGCAUAUCUCAAUGUGUUCAUUAUUUUAAUUCUAAAUUGACAAAAAAUUGUUUAAUACCUUAGAUUUAUUCUAAGAUUAUGCUAAACAUGAAGGUUUGUGUAGAUUUUCUUUAAACUUAGUAUUAUUUUUAAGUUUAGUAUUUCUUCCAAAUAUUGUAUAUUUUUUCUGUUUAGUGUUUGUGUUUUAUUUAUUUAGUCAUUUAAUUCAUAGAUUAAAGUAAUGCAAAAAUAUCCUAAAUCAGAAUUUUUUGUUAAAAAUAGCUUGUUGAAAAACACUUUUUAUUUAAAGAGGUCUUACAGGAGUAAAACUUAAAAAAAAAAAAAACUACCUUUCUAUAUUUUUUCUUAUUUUAAACAACGCAUUUGAGGGUGAACAAAAUAUCCACUUCAUUUUUCCCCGGUCACUAUGGCGUAAAAAUGUUACCAAAAAUCAAAAUGUUUUUCUCUUGUUCAAGUAUUAUCUUUAUAAUUUUAAAAAAGUUAGAAAUUUAACCAUUUUUUAAAAAUUGUUUAAAGAAAGAAUGCUUUGUUCUAACUGUUAAUGGUAAAGAUUCUUUUCUUAAACUGUCAUCAUUUUGUCAUUUUUCAAUAUCUUUUUAGUAUACGCAAUAACUAAAAUUCUGCAUAUUUAUAAUUUCUAUCAGUUUUGAAUAUUAGGCGGAAGUUAUUGUAAUGGUUUUUUAAGAAGAGUUUUAAGGUUGAUAAAAAUUUGGCUAAUAUUUAAACGCAAUUCCCUAGUCAGCGAAUCAACGAGUAAAAAUUGCUUGUAUAUCAUGAACAGUUUGUUAUAAAAAAUUCUGCUCAUGUCUUAUUUUUCAUGUUAUUAAGACCCUUUAAGCUUAAGGUUAUAUUAAACAGCAUUUAGUCUACUUAGUGGCAUGUUUUAUGUGAUAUUUAUUUAUCACUUUGCUUUUAAAACUAGUCAUUUUUUUCUUUUUAGUGUCUCAAUUAGUCUUUUACUCAUUUGUUUGAAUUUAAUUGUAAACAAACUUAUGCAUUAAUUAAUGUAUCUAUUCAAGGUUGCCACUCCACAGGGAAAACCUGGAAAACACAGGGAAUUUUAAAAUCACCCAAAAUAACAGGGGAAAUGCAGGGAAUUUUGAUUUUUUUUUUCUUUGCAAACUGGGAAAAUACAGGGAAUUUUGUUUCUUAUUUUUGUGAUUUAAAAAAUUGUGACCACUCAAAGCGUCAUCUAGAGGAUAUUGAACCUUGAUAUUUUAGCUAUACUAAACUAUUUCAUUUACUAUAGCAUUAAAGUAUGUUCAGCUGUUUUACCAGCAAUUAAAACUAAUAAAUAUAGUUAGCCCAAUAUAGCUCACACAAGAGCACAGUAAUUGUUGUUUCCUCUUAAUAUAUUGUGUAUUAUAUGUACAGGGAUUUUUUUUCUUCCAGAUUUGAGUAGCAACCCUGAUAUUUUUGUAAAAAAAGGAAGAUCUUUUUACAUGUAUGCAUAAUUUGCAUGCAUUUAAUUGCAUAUGCAUGUGGGGUGUGUGGGAGCUAAUGGUUCAAAGAACCAGCAACUAAAAUAUUUUACUGGUCUAUAUACUUUUAGUGGUCCUUUCCUAUGCCUGUAUUUUAUUUGGAAAAAAAAAGUUGACGUCUGGGUACAAAAUAAUAUUAACAAAUGCAAUAUUAAAAGUUUGUAAAGUAAUAAUAAAUUGAAUUGAAGUUUUAUACAGUCAAAAUGGACCUUCGAGGGACUGAAAUUUCAAUAUCCGUUCCGCAAACAAUUUUAACUAAUAGUUCCAAACUCCCUCUUUUUUAUUACUCGUUAUUUAAAUAAAUGACCCAUAAAAAGAAAUACAAAAAUUAUUGAAAAAUAAUGCUUGGCAACAAAAAUGUGUUAACUUUUAUUUUUUAUUACUCUUAGUCUUGAGUACAAAAAAAAAUCUUUAGCUAAUGAUCAAUCCUCAACAUCAGAUAUGAAAACAUUUUCGACUCUCUGAUAAUUUUUCCUGAAUUUAUAUUAUUCCGCUUUUUAAACUUGUCUACCCAGGCAUUCAAGCACAUAAAAGUAGUCACACGAAAUCACUCAGCAAAUUCAUCUGCUUUGACUUGAAGCAUUUGUCCAGAUUCCGGUUUUUUCGAAUGCUGAACCAAUUCAAUAAUGAAGCAAAUAAGAAAAAAUGCUUAUUGCUACAUUCCAUGCUACAAAUGUUUUUAAAAAUCGGUAUAUGUAUUUUUUAUUAUUUUUUUAAGUCGACAUUUCAAGUUUAUUUCAUAAAAAAUGAAGAAAAUAAAUCAGUCGAAGACAGAAAACGUCCGUAAUAUCCAACUUCCCCUCUUUUUUUGGUUCACUAUAUCUACGAAGAAUAACACGAUACGUGUGUAGCAAGCCAUGGGAGCAAACAUUUCGUUCCCUAUAUCUGGGAGUUCGCACCGUGUUCUCUAUAGCGGGGUUUGACUGUAUAUGUUUUCAUAAACACUUUAAAUAUAAUGUAGAUAAUUUUUUUAAUAUUAAGUUCAUCAAGGGGAAAUAACGGGAAAAAUUACAGAAAAUGUGCAAUUAUGAACAAGUAAUAUUUUAUUGUCAGCACCGAAACAAAUCAGUUGAUGUUUCUUUUACUCUCAGUUGACUGUAAUCAGUUCAAAAGACCACUGAUAAUUAUUUUAUGGGAGACAGAUUGUUAAUUUCAAGCCCCGUUUGUUUUUUAUUGCAAGAUGAUAAUAUUUUGUUGUUAUUGACAUUGAAAGAAAUAGGUUUUAGUAAAAUACACAGUUAUAUAUGCACCUAUGUAUUUAUUAAAUUUAAGUUCUUUUUUAUGAUGUACCAGUCUUUCAUAUAAAGAUAGUUGUUUUACUCAAAUUGGAUUUGAUGAUUUCUGCAUUAUGUUCGCUUCUGUGAAAUAUCGAAACAUCGACUUUCACCAGGGAAUUUCAACAAUCACAUAAUCGCAUAGAUGAUUAUUCCAAAUAAUUGUUAUAUCCAAUUUUAUAUUUAUGUGUCCAUUGAUAUUGUAAUAUUUGUCUGAUUUUUUCAUAUCGGAUUAAGAUAGAUUGGAUAAAACAUCCAUUAUAAGGAAUACCAGGCAUUUAACUUUGAAGUGAUAUAAAAAACGUUUUUUUCCUACUUAGGUCAACAGAAUUUUUUUUUUUUUUUGAAAUUUUGUUCAGAAAAAUUUUAUUUUAGUUACUUUUUGUUAAAAAAUUACAAUUCUUUCUCCCAUAUGAAAUUGAAAUUAGUGAAUUAAAUUUAAUGAAUGAAUUAAUAUUUGGAAAAAACUGUAUUAACAUCAAGUGUUAUCCACUAAAGUUGGUCUUUGAAUUUGAGUGGUUGAAUAAAAAGUAUUUUAUUAAUGAUUGAAAAUUUGAACAAGAUAUAGGGAGAAUGUGAACUAAUAGUAGGAAUUGGAAAAAACAUCACUGUAGGAAAUAUCAGACAAUGGCACUUAAUUUAAGAUUAAUUAAUUUAAAAAAAUCAAUGUAUUGAAAACUGAGCAAAGAUUUUUGCUCUCAAAAAUACAUUAGGGUGGAGAAUAUUGGUUAAUUUCUCUAUGUCUGUCCAGUAUCCAAUAAUUUUUCUGAUCUUUUCUAGACAGAUAAGUAAAUAUUGAGAAUAAAUUAAUUUGAAAUCAGACCUAACAUUUAUUUUGGAGAUAUACCGAAGCAACUAUGUGAUUGUUGACAUUUACCGACGAAAGUCGGCAAUUUCAGUCUUUCACAGAAACAUUUUAAAAGUCUUUGUGAAUUUGAAAUGCAAAUAUAUUUCCAUAAGCAAUUAUUUUUUGUAAUGAAAUGCAUUGAUCAUGCAUCGUUGCAUGUCUUGUGAUAUUCUUGUAAUCGGUUAAUAAUAGAAGUGGACUGUUUCUUGAUUCAGACCUAUUUUCAGUGUAGAGAUACCAACUAGUAACACUGUACAACCACCUCAAUUCCAGUUAUUUUUAACUUUUUCCUAAUAAAAAUGUGUUUUUGUC